AAACAGGAGUGAACCAUCUUGCACUGAACGCUCGUGUCUUUAGCUACACAUGCUAAAGUCUACUCGUGUAUGUAUCAUGCAUCUGGACGUGCAUCGAUUGAUUGACAGCUGCACUGAAGUUAGUGUGCGUACUACGUACAGAAAUCAGUGAGUUGCGUAUUUAUCCCGUGAUGCAACACCAGAGAAUGCACUGCUGCACAUGUCAAUGCUGAGUGAUCAUUCAGUGUAACGCAACAGCUGUGGCAGAAACAUGGCCUCAGGUUCCUGGGGCAGAAGACUGGUGGCUUGUCUCCUCAACGUUUCCGAGGCUCGCAGGAAAGACCUGGUGGAGACUGUGGCCAAGGCAGCCUUAUACAACACUGAAGGUGUUAGACGAGAGGGGACCGCAGUGCUGAACAUCUUCAAUGACCAUGACUAUAACCGUUCUGUCAUCACCAUUGUGGCCAGUAUCGACUCUAUCAGAGAGGCGGUUCUGUCUGCAUGCGAGAAAGCCUGUGGGCUGAUCGACAUGCGCGCUCACAAGGGAGUCCACCCAUGUAUGGGUGCCGUCGACCUCAUACCCAUCUACCCCCUGGGGGAGGAGGUGGGAGUGGAGGACUGUGCUAAAGAGGCUCGGGCUGUGGCUCAGGGACUCACAGAGCGGGUCCAGGGCACCAGUGCUUUCCUGUUUGGCUGGGCAGACUCCCCCCUUCAGCGGGGGCUGGCGCAGAGGAGGAAAGAGAUGGGCUGGUUCAAGAAGACGACGGACAUGCAGGCAAUCAGGCCCGACAUGGGGCCGCAGCCACAGCAACGAUUCGGUCUCACAGGUGUUGGGGCUGGUCCGUACGUCAUGAACUGCAAUGUCACUAUCGACACCCAGGACUCGGCCAUGGGACGCAGCAUCGCCACGGCCAUCAGGGAGUCGACCCCGGGCGGGCUGCCUGGGGUGCAGGUGCUGGCCUUGCCACACGAGGGCGCUGUUGAAAUCGCCUGUAAUGUUGAAAGUGUGAAGGGGAGCCCAGCCGGUCACAUGACUGCAGGUGAACCGUGGCCUUGUUUCAGCAUCGGCGGCCAGCCGUACUGUCACGCUCCGGCUUCCCUCAUCACGGCGAGGGUCGCAGAGCUGGCAGGGAGGCAGGGGGUUGGCGUGAAGGGCACCGCGCUGGUGGGGUUUACCCCCCGCGAGUGCAGGGGCCUGGCAGAGUUAGCACUGUCUCAAGGGAUUGCUGAGUUCUGGAAAGAGCAGCACAGGAUCCGUAUGUGAAAAUAAACCCUUGCCGAAACCAGUAAAACCUCA